AAGCUUUGGCUCAGAGGCGUGGGGUCGGAAGACGCGCCGCGCGCAUGAGCGACUAUAACUACCUCUUCAAGUACAUCAUUGUCGGGGACGCUGGAGUUGGCAAAUCCUGCCUGCUGCUGCAGUUCACAGACAAGCGCUUCAGAGCGGAGCAUGACAUGACAAUUGGAGUGGAGUUUGGGCACCGAUACGUGGAUAUCGAGGGCCAGAGCAUCAAGCUCCAAAUAUGGGACACUGCAGGUCAAGAGGCCUUCAGAUCCAUCACGAGGGCAUACUACCGCGGUGCGACAGGUGCGCUGCUGGUCUAUGACAUCACGCGCAGGGCCUCCUUCGACCGCCUGGCGCAGUGGCUCAUGGACGCCAGGCAGAACGCCCAGCCGAACAUGGUGAUCAUGCUCAUCGGCAACAAGUGCGACCUAGACCGCCGGGAGGUGAGCUUCGAAGAGGGGGCCUGGUUCGCCAGACAGAAUGGCUUGUUCUUCAUGGAGACCUCGGCCAAGACAGGCCAGAAUGUGGAGCCCGCCUUUAUAGACACGGCCAAGCAGAUCUAUGAGAACCUCCAAGCGGGGAUGUUCGACAUGAGCACGGACGCUCAUGGCAUCACGGUGGGCGCCGGCCAGCGCGCGCGCCCAGCGCCCCGGGCGGAGAACCUCAACUCGCUGCAUUUCGCCUGUUGCGGCGGCUGAGCCGCCGCGCCUCCGCCCAGACACUGUGAGAGCAUCCAAUUGCCGGAGGGGACGUCUUCUCAGGGAACGUUGGGGACCUCAUGGCUUC